AUGGUCAACCAAACCCCCCGCGGCAAGCGCGGCGGCGGUCACGCCCGUCACUCCUCGGCCUCGCACCGUCACGCGAACCCCGUCACAUCCGACUACGACUCGGACGCGCCGGCGCACGCGCUCCUCGACCAAAACGCCGCCGCCCCAGCCCCGAAUCCAGCCCUGCUCAACCGCACCAACACCGACCUCAACCUUGCCGUCCUGCGCCGCCACAUCCCCGCCAUCCACUCGAUCCUCUCCAUCGCCGCCAACGCCGUCGUCUACACCUUUGCGCCCGCCACCUCGUCCUGGGAGCGCGCCGGCAUCGAGGGCACCUAUUUUCUCUGCUUCCUCGCCCCGGACGCGGGACCGGCGCAGGACCCCUCGAUCGCCGCCGCAGCAGCAGCAGCCCCGCCGCGCGCCUGCAUCUUCGUCCUCAACCGCCGCGGCCUCAACAACGUGAGCAUCGACCUCGCGAGCGUCGGCCACUUUGAGGUCAUGGACGGCAUCUACAUCUUCCGCCUCGACGAGGGCACAGACGUCCUCGCCGGCGUCAAGCCCGAGGGCGACGCCGCCGACGCCGCCAUCGACACGACCGUCGUCGGCAUCUGGAUCCACACCGAGGACGACGAGACGCGCAUGUCCAACGCCGUCAUGGUCCAGGAGACGCUGCGCCUCGUGCAGACGGGCGAGGCCCAUGUCGAGGACGACGCCGUGCAGGCGCAGGGCCAGGGCCAGGGGCAGGGGCAGGAGCAGGAGUACGUGCCGCCCGCGGCCGCUGCCCAGCCCACGGGCAGGAAGCUGAGCGUCAGCGCUCUGUUUGGCGUCGCGCCCAACGGCCUCAGCGGUUAG